UGAGGGGGUGUGUGGGUCACCUCUCUCUCUCUAACCCCUCCCCCCCCCCCACCACCACCACCAUGAGCUGGAGCUUCCUCACCCGUCUGCUUGAAGAGAUCCACAACCACUCCACCUUUGUGGGCAAGAUCUGGCUGACUGUGCUCGUGGUCUUCCGCAUCGUGCUGACCGCUGUCGGCGGUGAAUCCAUCUACUACGACGAGCAGAGCAAGUUUGUCUGCAACUCUGGCCAGCCGGGCUGCGAGAACGUGUGCUACGACGCCUUUGCCCCGCUGUCCCACGUCCGCUUCUGGGUGUUCCAGAUCAUCCUGGUGGCCACGCCCUCGCUCAUGUACCUGGGCUAUGCCGUCAACAAGAUCGCCAGGCGGGAGGAGGGUCGGGGGGACUCGGAAGAGGGUGGUCCGUCCCAACGGAAGCACAGGAAGCAUUACUUGGGAGGGAGGAGACAGCAUCGGGGCAUUGAAGAGGCGGAGGACGACCAGGAGGAGGAUCCCAUGAUCUACGAGGUGCCCGAGGCGGAGAGCGACGGCUGUAAGGGUGCCGCCGGAGGGGCCACCGACGGGCAAGGCCAAGGCAAGGUGCGUCACGACGGACGACAACGAAUCAAGGAGGACGGGUUGAUGCGCAUCUACGUCGUCCAGCUGCUGGCACGCUCCCUGUUGGAGGUGGCCUUCUUGGGCGGACAGUACGCUUUGUACGGCCUGAGGGUCCCCGACACUUACGUGUGCUCCGGGCGACCGUGCCCUCAUCGCGUGGACUGCUUCGUGUCUCGCCCGACGGAGAAAACCAUCUUCCUUCUCAUCAUGUAUGCCGUCUCUCUGCUUUGCCUGGCACUGAACGUGUGGGAGAUGCUCCACCUCGGGGUGGGCACCAUCUGCGACAUCCUUCGCACCCAACGCGGCCCCUUGUCUGAGGAUGAUUUGUACGGGCUGGUAAGUGGUCCGAUGGGGCCCGAGGAGCAGCCUGCUCGAAACCAGGGAGGAAGUAGUGGAGGAGUCGGGGGGGAAGGAUACGGCAGCUACCCUUUCUCCUGGAACGCACCUUCAGCACCGCCAGGCUACAAUAUUGCCAUCAAGCCACCUCUCCUGCCAGCGGGUAACCAGGAGAAGCUUCCCUUCACUGACCUCAGCAAUGCGAAGAUGGCAUGCCGGCAGAACCACGCAAACAUAGCCCAGGAAGAACGUCGUCAGUAUGCUAGUAACAAUGACAACUUCCCAGCAAGUGGGAAGGGUGAUGCCAACGGGGUCCUUCAGAAAGAGAUCCUGCAGGCGCAGGACAGACUUGAGGCAGCAAUCCAGGCCUACGGCCAAAAGCAGAAUCAUAGCAUUCCCGGCAAGGCCCACCGUGACCGCAAACACAGACAAAAUUCAAAGCAUGCCUCGAGCAAGGCCGAUAGAGGAAGCAGCAGCAACAGCAGCAGCAGUAAGUCUGGAGAGGGCAAAGGCUCCGAGUGGAUCUGAUAGCAGAAAGAUACAAGCAGAAGAAAAAUGGACGCCUCCAGGAGUUGCUACAGGUCAUAAAGAUUGGUUUCUCUUGCUUUCGAAAUGAGCAUGAGCGAAAUGAGCAUGCCCCACACACACACACGUACAGCAUAAUGACAAUUCAAAUUUUUUGUUUUGAUUUACUGGAGGCUGUAGCAGUUAUGGUGUUUUUCGAAUAUCGUCUAGUUGUUAAUUGAAGUGACUGCCAUAAAAAGAAAGGAAUAAUGAAUCAUACAAACAUUUUCAGACAACUCUCCAUGUCUGUUGUUGGUGCUAUGAUACUAUCUCUGCUUCCAUGAAGAAAUGUUGUAUGCUGUAUCCAUGUAUUCAUCUAAAGUGCCUUAAUGCUCAUAGAUGCAAACCUAAAAUAAGAUUUGUUUUUCAUGUGGUUUUAAUUUUAUUUUGAGAAAGGAACUUAGCUAGAGGUUUAUAUUGUUAGUUGAACAACGUCGUACCUCUGUCUCUUGGGUGCCACCCAGGGGUCAAAGUUACUCUACAGUUUUCUGUGCUACUCAUCAAAGACAGUUGUGUCUUUGAUUUCAAAAGAUAACUGUCUUUAUAACAGAAGAGCUACUUUCUAAAGCAGCAAAACAUUUGGCUAUGAGCAAAUGCAAAGGGUUGUGUUUGAUUUUAUGCCAGCGGCCAUUAUUUUUUCUUUUUUUGUGCCAAUUGUCAAAUGUUACUUUUGCCUUCCUUCUUUAAAUAUUCAAUACAAAUAUGUAAUAUUUCUGUUGUAUAGCACAGUCUUGCUGUAUAGGAGAGAGUUUAGGAAAGACCAGUUACUGUUUUAUGCGGAACUGCUGGGGCAGUUUGUUAGUGUUUAAGAGUGUUUGAGGAAUAAUUUAGCCAUAUUUGUUGAAAGGAAUUUUAUAAAGCAUUGUUUAUAUUUUCAUAAUGUGUAUGACAGUUAUUGUUUUGUUUGAUCGUGUUUGGAAAUGGCAAAUAAGCAGCACUUUGGUUUUCAAAAAGUAUGUUUUAUAGUUUGUUGAAAAUAUCCAGUUGAUGACAAUGUUCCAUAUAAAAAGAAAAAAAAUUGUGGAUAUUUUGCUUCACUUUUUUACAUGAAUGUGAGGUGAUGCUGUUUAAUACCACAAUAUGUUGAAGAA